AUGUCCGCCUUCGCGCUGGAGGAGACGCUGGAGGCGGACUGGGUGGCGGUGAGGCCCCACGCCUUCCUCGAGCGAGAGAAGCACAAGUUCGCGUUCAUCGUGGCCUGGAACGAGAUCGAGGGCAAGUUCGCCAUCACCUGCCACAACCGGACGGCUCAGCGGCAGCGCAGCGGCUCGCGGGAGUUGCGCCGGGGUAGCCCCGGGGGACAGGAGCACAGGGCCCUUGCCCAGGCUGGCGCCCCCGCGGCCCGCCGGACCUCGGCCUGCGGGGCGGACUCCAGCCCGGCCAGGAGCUCCUCGCAUCCCCGCGCGGACUCGCUGCUCCGGAGCACCGAGAAGGGCGCCGCGGCCGGGGCAGAGGCGAUACUGAAGAGCCCGCUGCGAACCAAGGCCAGUCCGGUCCGGAGGCCUCCGCGUAGCACGGAGGCGGCGGCGCCGAGCCCAGCAGGUGCGGCCGAGGAGAUCGAGGUGCUGGAGUUGGUGAAGGAUGAGCCCGCGACCCCGCUGCUCUUGCUGCCGGGACCCGUCCAGCAAGGUGCCGAGCCGGCCGCAGACGCGGACUCCUCGGGGGAGGAGUGCAGCUGGGCCGGCCUCUUCUCCUUCCAGGACUUGCGGGCCGUGCAUCAGCAGCUGUGCUCGGUGAACUCGGAGCUAGAGCCCUGCCUGCCCGUCUUCCCUGAGGAGCCCUCGGGCAUGUGGACGGUGUUGUUCGGGGCCCCGCAGCUGUCCGAGCAGGAGAUGGACGCGCUGUGUUACCAGUUACAGGUUUAUCUGGGCCAUAGCUUGGACACCUGCGGGUGGAAGAUCCUCUCCCAGGUGCUCUUCACCGAGACCGACGACCCCGAAGAGUACUACGAGAGCCUGAGCGAACUGCGGCAGAAGGGCUACGAAGAGGUGCUGCAGCGGGCCCGCAAACGCAUCCAGGAGCUGUUGGAAAAACACAAGAAUACAGAAAGCAUGGUAGAGCUGCUUGAACUGUAUCAAAUGGAAGAUGAAGCCUACAGUAGUCUUGCAGAAGCCACCACAGAACUGUACCAAUACCUACUACAGCCAUUCCGAGAUAUGAGGGAACUUGCAAUGCUCAGAAGACAGCAGAUCAAGAUCUCCAUAGAGAAUGAUUACCUAGGCCCCAGGAGGAUUGAGAGCCUACAAAAAGAAGAUGCAGAUUGGCAGCGCAAAGCCCACAUGGCUGUCCUUUCUAUUCAGGAUCUUACUGUUAAGUACUUCGAAAUAACAGCCAAAGCACAGAAAGCUGUGUAUGAUCGAAUGCGAGCAGAUCAGAAAAGGUUUGGUAAGGCAGCAUGGGCGGCAGCAGUAGAACGUAUGGAAAAGUUGCAGUAUGCAGUUUCUAAGGAGACUCUGCAGCUGAUGAGAGCUAAAGAAAUCUGUUUGGAGCAGAAGAAACAUGCACUGAAAGAAGAGAUGCAGAGUUUGCAAGGUGGUACAGAAGCCAUAGCCCAUUUAGACCAGUUGGAAGCGGAUUAUUAUGAUCUACAGCUUCAGUUGUAUGAAGUGCAGUUUGAGAUUUUGAAGUAUGAAGAGCUGCUGCUGACCGCACAACUUGAAAGCAUCAAAAGACUAGUGUCAGAGAAGAGAGAUGAAGUGGUAUAUUAUGAUACUUAUGAAAGUAUGGAAGCCAUGCUUGAAAAAGAAGAUAUGGCGACAUCUAUACACUUACAAAGAGAGGAGCUGCAGAAGUUGCAACAGAAAAUCCGCCAGCUGGAAGCAAGGCGUGGACGCAUUUCUGCCAAGAAAGCUUACCUCAGAAAUAAAAAGGAGAUCUGUAUCGCAAAGCAUAAUGAAAAGUUCCAGCAGCGCCAUCAGAGUGAAGAGAAAUACAGAAUGCAUCAUACUGUGCAGCUAAAGCAAGAUCAGCUGCAAGAUGAAGAGGAAAGAAAGAGCUCCUGGGUUAGUCAGGAGCGACAGAAAACACUGGACAGACUUCGCACGUUUAAACAGCGGUACCCUGGGCAAGUAAUACUUAAAUCAACCAGACUGCGACUGGCUCAUGCAAGAAGUAGUAGUACACCCAGCUCAGUGCCCUGUGUAGAUCAACCUCAAUCUCUACCAGUAACCACACAGAUCCAAAAGAAAACUGAGGAGGUGGAAUCAGGAAAAGUAAUCCAGCCUUUCCAAACCCAGGAGCCCAGAAGCUUAGAACAACUUGAAGAUAGUUCGUUACCUCCCAAUGGCAUUACCUCUGAACUGUCUCAUCAUGCUACUCCUCCACUUCUUGCCAGUAAUGAGCUUCAACCAGAUACUGUUACUGUAGUUCCACUUCCGCCUCCUUUGCUGCCACCACCACCGCCGCCACCACCACCACCUCUGCCUAUCAAGGAAGAUUCUACUGAAUCCUUAGAGAAAAGUGACAGCCCUGUUAAACAGGAGAGUGAGGAUACAGGAGUCCCACAGUCUACCACUGUCCCAUCAGCACAUCUUUUUGAUAGCAGUCAGUUAGUCAGUGCCAAGAAGAAACUUAAGAAGACAGAUCUAGAGGGUUUACAAAGGAGGAGAGUGAGUUCCCCAAUGGAUGAGGUGCUGGCUUCCUUGAAGCGUGGUAGUUUUCACCUAAGAAAGGUUGAGCAGAGAAAUCUCCCUCCUUUCCCUGAUGAAGAUGACAGCAAUAACAUCUUGGCACAGAUAAGGAAAGGGGUGAAACUGAAGAAGGUGCAGAAAGAUGUUCUGAGAGAGUCUUUUACAAUUCUGCCUGACACUGACCCUUUAACACGUAGCAUCCAUGAAGCACUGCGAAGAAUUAAGGAGGCAUCACCUGAAUCAGAAGAUGAAGAGGAGAGUUUGACUUGCACAGACUGGGAAAAUUAA